UCGUUCACCUUUCACCCCUCACAGUCUUCUUCUUCCUCUUACUACCAACUCCAACACGAUUCUCUCUGUGUUAAACUGUUUAGACUAGCAUGGCGUUCGACAAGAUCAAGGUGGCCAACCCCGUCGUUGAGAUGGACGGAGAUGAAAUGACUCGAGUUUUCUGGAAAUCAAUAAAGGAUAAGCUUAUUUUCCCCUUCCUGGAGUUGGACAUCAAGUACUUUGACCUUGGCCUUCCCCAUCGUGAUGCCACUGAUGAUAAAGUAACAAUUGAAAGUGCAGAGGCUACUCUUAAGUACAACGUAGCAAUCAAGUGUGCAACAAUAACUCCAGAUGAAGGUCGUGUGAAGGAGUUUAGCUUGAAGCAGAUGUGGAAGAGUCCAAAUGGGACAAUUAGGAAUAUUUUGAAUGGUACUGUCUUCAGAGAACCAAUCAUUUGCAAGAACAUUCCUCGCCUUGUCCCAGGUUGGACCAAGCCUAUAUGCAUCGGAAGGCAUGCUUUUGGUGAUCAAUAUCGUGCAACUGAUACAGUUAUUAAAGGAGCUGGGAAAUUGAAACUAGUGUUUGUACCAGAAGGACAGGAUGAGAAGACGGAGUUUGAGGUUUUCAACUUUACAGGUGCCGGGGGAGUGGCAUUGUCAAUGUAUAACACUGAUGAGUCUAUCCGUGCUUUUGCUGAGGCUUCCAUGAACACUGCCUAUGAGAAAAAAUGGCCACUUUAUCUUAGCACAAAGAAUACAAUUCUAAAGAAGUAUGAUGGAAGAUUCAAGGACAUAUUUCAAGAAGUUUAUGAGGCCAAGUGGAAAUCAAAGUAUGAGGCUGCUGGCAUAUGGUAUGAACACCGACUCAUUGAUGAUAUGGUGGCUUAUGCUCUCAAGAGUGAAGGAGGUUAUGUAUGGGCAUGCAAGAACUAUGAUGGUGAUGUCCAGAGUGAUUUCUUAGCCCAAGGGUUUGGAUCUCUUGGAAUGAUGACUUCUGUACUGGUGUGUCCAGAUGGAAAGACCAUAGAAGCAGAAGCUGCCCAUGGUACUGUUACACGGCACUAUAGGGUUCACCAGAAAGGAGGUGAAACCAGCACAAACAGCAUUGCCUCAAUAUUUGCUUGGUCGCGAGGGCUUGCACACAGGGCAAAGCUGGAUGGGAAUGCUAGACUAUUGGAUUUCACUGAGAAACUAGAAGCUGCUUGUGUUGGAGCUGUGGAAUCUGGGAAGAUGACCAAGGAUCUUGCUAUUCUUAUCCAUGGUCCUAAGGCCACUAGGGAUCACUAUCUGAAUACUGAAGAGUUCAUUGAUGCUGUUGCAGCAGAACUUAGAGCAAGACUUUCAGCCUGAGCAUAAUAGCUGAAUGGAUUGGGAACCUGACGAAUGAUAAAGUCUUUUUGGUAACCUGUUUGGCAACAGGGAGGAAUAAAAAAUGUUUUUCGUUUUUUUUUUUUUCGAGGGGGGGGGGGGGGGCUAAUUCUGACUUCUUUUACCAGACGGGUCUCAACUUUCAUCCCAUGUGCUGCUAUGCAUAAGUAGACUGCGGUGUUUUACUUGCUUACAAGAAUUUACUUAUCCAAGGUAUUAAGUUCCCCAGUGUUUAUCGUAUGCAUGCCUUUUCACACUUCCACAGAGUUAUUAAAGUGAAUUACACCAUAAAAUCA